UUUCCUGUCCUUUUUGAGUUGUCAGUCUGUCAAGUUUUAUAAACUUGUGUUAUACAAAAUACAAAUUCAAUUUAAUUUCAUUUAUAAUCAAUAAUCAAUUUGAUAUGUGAAAAUGUGUUCUGUCUAGAACAUAUUUGUUUUAUGUUCUACAAAUAUCGGUAUCCUGAAUAGUCGGGCUUGUUUUAACUAUAUCAUGGUAUCCACUAGGAUGCAGUCGUCACUUGACGAUUUAGUUCAAUAUACACAGCUUUUUAAGCCGGUUGCCACUAUCCUGCAAGGCACUGUGCUUCCUUUUUUAUUAAUUUACCCAGUCAUAUUCUACUCAUGGAUCGUAGUGUAUGGUUUCGAAGAAAAUUUCGAAGCUGGUUUCGUUACGGUUGCAGUGGUGGCAAUUGUACAAAUUUUGAUCUGCCUUUGCUGCUACUGGAGUGUUCAUAUUCAAUGUUUUCUGUCCUGUUCGGCGGUAAAAGACCCAAACCAGGCUCAAAUUGUAAAAGUUGUUCCAACAUCUAACAAUGGAUUCUCAGAAAUUGUUAAACUUCAUCAUACAAAGUCCACUAAAAAAGGAAACACAAAUCCAGAUUUAUGGUUUAUAUUUCAAAAAAGCAAAUACAUUUAUGAUUGGGAUAAAAAAACCUUUCAUACAGUUGAGUUUCCUAUUAACAAAUCAUAUGAAGAAUAUAUGGAGUCUAAAGGUUAUUUGGAUGAUGAAAGUGUUGAGAUUGCUGAAAAGGAGUUUGGAAAAAAUGAAAUGACCAUGGUAGUUCCAGAAUUUAUGGAAUUAUUCAAAGAAAGAGCAACUGCGCCAUUUUUUGUAUUCCAAGUGUUUUGUGUUGCCCUAUGGUGCCUUGACAAAUAUUGGUAUUACUCAAUAUUUACAUUGGUGAUGCUCGUCAUGUUUGAAUGCACCUUAGUUCAGCAGCAACUUAGAAAUAUGGCUGAGAUUCGCAAAAUGGGAAAUAAGCCAUACUGUAUUAAUGUAUACAGAAAUAGGAGAUGGCGUCAGAUAAUGAGUGAUCAGCUUGUACCUGGCGACAUUGUGUCCUUAACAAGAUCUUUAAAUGAAAAUCUUGUUCCUUGUGAUAUUGUACUUUUGAGAGGGUCUUGUAUUGUCGACGAGUCUGUGUUAACUGGUGAGAGUGUGCCACAAAUGAAGGAACCCUUAGAAAAUGUAAAGAAUUUAAAACAAAACUUAAAUCCCGAAGGUGAUGGGAAAUUGCAUAUGCUCUUUGGUGGCACAAAAAUUGUUCAACACUCAUCUCCAAGUAAGAUUACAUCUAGCCUAAAAGCCCCUGAUAAUGGCUGUAUAGGUUAUGUCAUUCGUAAUGGAUUUAAUACAUCUCAGGGUAAAUUACUAAGGACAAUUUUAUUUGGUGUUAAAAGAGUUACUGCUAAUAAUCUUGAAACAUUUGGUUUCAUUCUAUUUUUAUUGAUCUUUGCAAUUGCAGCAGCUGCAUAUGUAUGGAUUAAGGGUUGUGAGGAUCCAGAGAGAAAUAGGUAUAAAUUAUUUUUGGAAUGCACAUUAAUUUUGACAUCAGUUGUGCCUCCGGAACUUCCUAUUGAGUUGUCAUUAGCAGUGAACACAUCAUUGGUAUCAUUAACAAAGUUGGCGGUGUUCUGCACAGAACCUUUUCGAAUACCAUUUGCUGGUAAAGUAGAAAUAUGUUGCUUUGAUAAAACUGGAACGUUAACAAGCGACAAUUUAGUAGUAGAAGGUGUAGCUGGUAUUGGUGAUCAUAAAGAUGCUACUGUUAUCCCAUUAUCUAAAGCUCCUAUAGAAACAAUACAAGUACUUGCAUCUUGUCACUCCCUUGUGCAGCUUGAUGAUGGUGUAGUUGGUGAUCCAUUAGAGAAAGCUACAUUAAAAGCAGCUGAAUGGAACCUAACUAAAGGAGAUGCUGUAGUGCCAAAAAAAGGAAAGUCACCUGGUUUAAAAAUUGUACAUAGAAAUCAUUUCUCAAGCGCCCUUAAAAGAAUGUCCAUAAUAGCAGGUUACCAAAUUAAUGAGAGGGGUUUUAUGGAGACACAUUAUAUUAGUAGUGUUAAGGGUGCCCCUGAAAUGAUUAAAACAAUGCUAAAAGAAGUUCCUAGUCAUUAUGAUCAUGUUUAUUUGACUCUGUCGAGACGUGGCGCCAGAGUUUUAGCGUUGGGUUAUAGAAAUUUAGGUAAAUUGAGUUCUCAAGAACUUAGAGAAUUGUCUAGAGAGGAUGUCGAGUCGGACUUGACAUUCGUUGGUUUCGUAAUUAUAUCAUGUCCUUUGAAGAAUGAUUCUAAAAAGGCAAUAAGUGAAAUAGUUCAUGCAUCACAUUCCGUUGUAAUGAUAACUGGUGAUAAUCCUUUGACGGCGUGUCACGUCGCCAAAGAGUUGAAGUUCACUCAAAAGUCUGAAAUUCUUAUAUUAACAGAAGAAAAUAGCAAAUGGAGUUGGAAGUCUAUAGAUGAGGAAAUGAGUCUCUCAGUGGAGCCAUUUAAGACGGCCAAACAGUUGACUUCUAAGUUUGAUCUCUGCAUAACGGGUGAAGGCCUUACAUUCCUUAAUGAGCAUCAUCACAAAUUUUUGAUAGAGUUGAUGCCGCACAUAAAAGUGUUCGCCAGAUUUGCACCGAAACAGAAAGAAUUUGUAAUAGUAACGUUGAAGUCGCUUGGAUAUGUAACAUUAAUGUGUGGUGAUGGUACCAACGAUGUUGGUGCACUAAAGCAUGCAGAUGUUGGUGUGGCUAUUUUGGCUAACGCACCAGAGCGACUUCGCGAGAAAACUAAAGAGGAACACGUCCCGGAAAUCGAGGCGCCUCGCCGUCCUCCAGGACCACGGGACCCUCGCGCGGAGGCCCGUGCUGAAGCUACAGCUAGAAUUCGCCGCGCUAUGAAGAAACUUGAGGAGGAAGACCAGCCUCAAUUAGUUAGGCUAGGAGACGCUAGUGUCGCCGCGCCCUUCACUAGCCGACUGUCCAGUAUUUUAUGCAUUUGCCACAUAAUCAAACAAGGUCGUUGCACUCUCGUGACGACGCUCAAGAUGUUCAAGAUUCUGGCUCUGAACGCACUCAUCUUAGCGUACAGUCAAUCUGUUUUGUAUCUCGACGGAAUCAAGUUCAGUGAUACGCAAGCCACGCUGCAAAGUUUAUUACUUGCAUCGUGUUUCUUGUUUAUAUCUAGAUCAAAGCCUCUGAAGCAGCUGUCGAAACAAAGGCCGUUACCAAAUAUAUUUAAUGUGUACACCAUCAUGACUGUGCUUACACAGUUUGCAGUGCACUUCCUCUGUCUAAUUUAUUUGGUGCAUGAAGCUACGAUACGGUCGCCUGGCAGAGAUACAAAGCCGAAACUGGAAAUGGAUCUAGCAGAGGAUGAGGAACGAGAGUUUGAACCGAACCUGGUGAACAGCACUGUUUACAUUAUUUCUAUGGCGUUACAAAUAUCUACGUUUGCAAUAAAUUACAGGGGCGAGCCAUUUAUGGAGGGACUACGGGACAACAAGCCUCUAUUAUACAGUAUCGUCUUAUCCGGUGGCACGGUAUUGGCUUUGGCUGCUGGACUUCUGCCUGAACUCUCUAACAUGUUCGAGAUUGUAUACUUCACACCAGAUUUCCGGCUGAUAUUAGUGCAAGUUUUGAUAGCUGAUAUGGUGUUCGCUUAUUUGGUGGAUCGCAUAUGCCUCUGGUUAUUCGGAGAAGGUUCCCUCAGCAAGAUCACGUAACAUGCACGAAACGUUCCAAACUCUUUGUUCGCCUGUUAUUUUAGAUGAUAUAAUAUAUUUUAUGUACAUAUUGGUAAUUAUACAGUAUCGGUGUGGGUGCCCGUGCAUGGGACUGGGAUUCCAUACUGCUCAAUAUAACGUGCAUUUAAGUAUAGUAUGAAUGUGUUAACUAUAUUUAUGAAAUAAAUGUGUAGAAAAUUUAUUGUA